AUGGGAAUGGAGGGCUUACAUCUCCUGGCAGAUGUUGCCAUUGCUGAUUAUCAAUUACACAUGUGCACGGAUAGAAAUCAAGAUUCUAUUAAGAAGAAGAAGCAGGAGACCAAAUUUCCAGAUGUACUGCUUUCUGAACUCUUACCGAAGCAAAGAAAUUGUUUUCCACUUGAUCAAGAAGCCUACAAAUUUAGCGAUUUGAAUCUCUUGGCUGAUGUCACAGCCGCUUCUUCUUCUCUUCUUGAUGAUUGGGACUACGGCAGUACUUACAAUACUGAGAAGAAUAACAAGCAGAAGAAGCCCAGACCCAAAUCAUCUGUUAAAGCUACUUCUUGGUCUUUGCAGGUUAACAGUUCUAACCUAAAGCUUUGUUUAAAGAAAAACAACAACGCCCUUGUUCCUUCUACUCAAACAUCAUCAGAUCCCUUUUUCUCCUACCACCCCAUUGAUCUGUUAGCACAAGUUGCUUUUGCCUACAGUACCUCUACUUUGUGUGCCAACACCAUAACCACCAAAAAGAGUUCAACUAAUAGCAGGAGACCAAACAAGAAGUUCAACUAUGUUCCGACAACACCCAUUGCAGGUACUAAACGAGGUUUUGUUGAAAAAGAAGCAGAAGAAUGCCAAAACCGAAAUUCCAACGAGAAAAGAAGGGUGCCCAAAUCACUGCCAAUUAAAUUAAGUAACUAUUUGGCAACAAAAAAUGCAGUCAGUGACCCAAAGUUGGUCAUAAUCAAGCAAAUGUAUGACACCGACUUGAGCCCCUUACAGUGUCGCUUCUCAAUCCCUGUCAAUCAAGUUAUUGACAUGGACUUCCUCACGCCAGAAGACAGGAGGAGACUAGAUAAUCGUGAAGCCAUUGAUGUUACACUCAUCCAACCAUGCCUUGAAGAAAAACCAAUGCAUUUGAAGAAAUGGAUGAUGAACAAGACUGGCAUUUACGUCUUGAAUAAAGGUUGGAAUUCUGUGAUCAGAAACAAGAAGAACCGUCUCCAUCUUAAUUCCACCGUAGAGCUUUGGUCCUUCACCUGCAAUGGGGCACUCUACUUUGCACUUUCUACCAGAGAUGAUGAUAUUCAUACUGCUAUGUGUGCUGGUAAUGAAAGGAAUGACAAUUCUGGAGAUUUCAUUAGAGAUAUGGAGCCAACCUCUGGUGAUGAGAGUACUAUUACCAUUCAUGAAGAUGCUUAA